AUGAGUACAUAUAUUCAAUCGGCACGAAAUAUUGGUCAAUCACCUAUAUCUUUUUCCAUUGAUGCCCUUGAAGAAAUUGUUCGAAAUUGUCAACGAAAUGAAGAACGUUUACAUGAACUAGAACGUCAUACACGUCAUGAACGAAAAAAAGCUGAACGUCUUCUACGUGAAACAUAUCGAACAAUGCAAGAUGGUGAUAGUCAAAAUACUAGUAAUAUUCUAGAAAAUAAAACAAACAAUGAUCAUAGUUAUAUAGAUAAUCAACAAUCAAAACAAUUUUUCGUUUCACUCGAUAAUGAAAAUGAAGAAAAUGAAAAUCAUUAUUGUCAACAAAGUAAUACUAAUAAUAAUAAUAAUAAUAAUAAUAAUAAUAAUAAUAAUAAUAAUAAUAACAAUAAUAAUAAGGGAACUGUAAGACAAAAUAAACAUUUACUUGAAAGAGUGGAAAAAUUACUUGCUGGUGAUGGUACAACAACAUCUAGUGAUAUUAUGUCAUCACAAGAACGACAAAAAAAUAUUAUAGAAAAACCAACAUCACCUACUGAAGAUGAUCUUGAGGAAAAAUCAUUAAAUAUUGAUCAUAUACAAAAAUUGCCAGAUUCUCGUCAACUUCAAUCAGCAUGUUCAAUUGAAUAUGAUCUUUCCACUGUUGAUCAUUUAUUACCGGAACGAACACCAAUUAAUAAUCAUCGAAUAAAAUCUAAUGUUCAUUUCAAUCAAGAAGAUCAAACAAAAAAAAUUAAUGAUUAUAAUAAUGAAAAAAAGAUUUUAUCAGAUAAACGUGAUCAACAAUUUUAUGAACGCUAUAAUAAUUAUAUUACAACAAAUCGUUCGGUUUCUUCUAGACCAGAAAAACAACAAACAAAACCAGACGAUGGAACUUAUCAAUAUGAAUCUCGUCCGAUGUCAAGAAUAAAUAAUAAAGAUGAAGAAUUAACUGAUUUAGCACGUCGAUGUGAAGAUCUUCUUACACGUUUACAUUCACAACGUAAUCGUGCUGUAAUGCUUGAAAAUUCUACUCAUCAUUAUGAUUAUCAUCGACGACAAACAUCACCUCGUUCAUCAACUUAUAAAUCCAAACAACAUGAUCAUCAUCAUCAUCAUCAUCAACCUGUAUCACCAUCACCACCUCCAGAAGCAGCACCAUCAAUGUCUCUUCAACAAGCCCUUGAACUUCUUCGUCCAGAAUUUAUAUCUCGUUCACGUCAACGUGUUCGACGUAUACGUCUUUUACGUGAAGAACGUGAACGUAAUGCUGAAAUUGAUCGUGAACGUCGACAAAUGCUUCUAUUUUCAUGUACAAAUUGUUGUUCAAAUCCACCAAAACGUGCUAUAUCAGCACCGUCGACACGUCGUAAUAUUUCAUAUAUUGCUCCAUAUGAUAGAUUAGAUUCUUCACAAAUACCUUCGACAUAUUAUCAAAUGAAAAAAGCAACAAAGAAAAAAUAUGAUCAAUUACCUGAAGUAACCGAUCGUCGACGUCAACAUCAAAUGGAUGAAAUUCGUCGACGAAACCUUUUGCGUGCUAAAGUAUUUCGUGCACGUCUCCGACAACAUGUUGCACGACAUGGUCGAACAAAUAUUGAGGAAUCAUUAACAAUGGUUGAUGCAUAA